UGUAGCCUACAGUGCAAAUUGCACUACAGCAAAGACUGGAUCUCUGGCAACGGUCGGAGUUGAGCUUCCUACGUAACGUUUAACUUUAGCUAACUAGCUAAAGUUACACCACACAGAACAAUUAUUAAAACAAAUAUUUGGUUACACGUUACGUUGUCUAAUAAGAGAGGGCGAGGUAAAAAUAGAGGCCUAAUUCGGCGGGAAGUCCCUACGGGAUGUAGCGUUUUUUUCGCCGAGCAAUGAGUUUUUGUAUGGAGGUCAAUAAGUGUCGAAUUUGGGCAUAAUUUUUUUUAUUUGAUUAUAAGUUUUGUAAUGGUCAUAGGUUGUUACGGGUGUACUGGCAUAAGUAGGACACGUGACAAACCAGCAACUCAGUGAGAGAACCAUCGGUAGUGGUCUCGUAAUGGCUGUACAUAUUUAUAGCAUGAGGCCUAGUAGCAUAGCAUCUCACUCAAUUGUUAGGGCAAGAGACAAGUAAUCUUGUCAGUAUAUCCAUAAUCUUUGCUAAUUUAAUAGUUUAUCCACUAUGAUAGUCUUUGGCGUAACUAUGACUACGUUAGUUCUAGAGUGCAAAUAGCAAAGACAGUACAGAAUAAAGAUGGACAGAAACUGCUUCUCCUAUAGAAAUCCCCGAUCACGCUUGGAAGCGAUGUCAAUGUGACGUUGGCUAGCUAUGCCGCGUUCAAAACAACUGGGAACUCGGAACUGGUAACUCAGUCAUUUCUGACUUCAGUGUGUUCAAGGCAAUUGGGAAACCGGAAAUAGACAUGCUUCGACUGGGAAUAUCGUUUUGAAUGGUCAUCCAGCUCGGGAACUCUGGCUUCUUUGUUGAGAUCCGAAUUGAAGAUGACCGAUUUCAUUAUUUCAACCUCGUAUUUUUAUCUGUUCCCAGUUGUCUUGAAUGCACCAUUAAGCUCAUCGGUUCUAAUGGUCAUCGCACCUAACUGCGCAUGUGCAGGCCGUCAACUCAAAGACACAAUAUAAACGUGUCAGUUUAUAACUUUCAGGAGGUCUGAUUAAUAACAUGUUCAGCUACUUAAAGGAACAUUUUACUCUACUCUUAAGGUAUCAACAAUCAAAGUAUUGGACCUUUGAGAAGCAGUGUCAUCGGCGUUGUGCCUUUAGAUUUCGAGAAAAGGAACUAAGGAAUAAUUUUUCACUUGUCUCAUUGACCACGUUUACAUGCACACCAAUGUCCUGUUAUUAUUCGGGAUACUGGAAGUGUUCUGUUUUUAAAUUGACAUGUAAACAUCAUAUCCUGUUUACAAUAUCACGGUUAUGAGAAACCCGGACAAGAUGCCUGGUAUAUGCUGAUACUGUGGCAUGUUAACUUCGUACCCGUUUUGAAUAUCAUGGGUGUUGUGAUGUUUUCAAACAAUCUGGACUGUAUAGCCUACUGGCUACUUUCACGCCUAAUUUAGACAACUUUCUGCUUAUAAUUUUCACCAUUUGCUAGGCCAUAUUAUAAUUUUCGCCCGCUUCUCUUCUGUCAUAACUUGUUGCCCCAGGAUACUAAACUGUUGCUCACCAGAAUGUCUUACAUUGAAUGCACUAGUAAUUUAGUUAACACUGGUAAAGUUGUCAGUUUUGUUUAAGGGACUGGGGGGGGGACACAAUAACUCAGUGUAAAGGUUGGUCCUGUGCAGAAUGUCCAAAUGUCAUCAGUUUGACUGGUUUUAAGGAGAUGGAAGGCUGGGAAAACUAUUAAACAGGUUACAGAUAAGACUUCAGUUUGUCUUGGGUGCAUAUUUUAUGGGUUUGAAAUACUGUCUGUUUGCGUAAGUGUCAAAGAUAACACAUUGCAUUUGCUCGAGAUGCCGAAAGAAAAAAAAAUCAUAUUUCUCCGCUAGUGUUCCAGAGACAAAUAUUUGUAUUAUUUUACUGCAAGAUAUAGAUAAUUCUGCAAUAGUUAAUAUUACAUUACGCAUCAUGUCAGAAGUUAUAGGCCUGCAGUCAGUGUCCAGAUUUCAAUUACUAUUCCAUUUAACGCAUAUUCACUUCAAUUAGGAAUGUUCUGUUGAUUCAAUAGUAAUGCCAGAGUUUCUAAACCCAGAAGCGCAACAUCUCGAGACUUCCGGGAGCACUUGUGAAACAGCUUAACCUCUCUAGGGUAUGUCCCACCUGGCCAACAUCCAGUGAGAUUGCAGAGCGCCAAAUUCAAAUACAGAAAUACUCAUUAUGAAAAUUCAGAAAAGAUACAAUUAUUUUACAUAGGUUUAAAGAUGAACUUCUUGUGAAUCCAACCACUGUGUCAGAUUUCAAAAAUACUUUACGGCGAAAGCAUACCUUACAAUUAUUUGAGAACAUAGCCCAGCAGACAAAUCAUUACAAACAGUAACCAGUCAAGUCGAAGAGUUACACAAGUCAGAAAUAGAGAGAAAAUUAAUCACUUACCUUUGAUCUUCAUAUGGUUGCACUCAGACAUUCAUUUAUUCAAUAAAUGUUCCUUUUGUUCGAUAGUCUCUCUUUAUAUCCGAAAACCUCUGUUUUGUUCACGCGUUUUCUUCAGUAAUCCACAGGCUGAAACGCAGUCACAACAGGCAGACAAAAAUCCAAAUUGUAUCUGUAAAGUUCAUAGAAACAUAUCAAACGAUGUUUAUAUUCAAUCGUCAGGUUGUUUUUAGCCUAAAUAAUCAAUAAUAUUUCAACCGGACAAUAACGUCAUUAACAAGAAAGGCACUCUCGGUCACGCGCAUUAAAAACCUCUGAGACACGGCAGGGUCCACUCAUUCAGACUGCUCUUACUCCCUCGUUUUUCAGAAUACAAGCCUGAAACAAUUUCUAAAGACUGUUGACAUCAAGUGGAAGGCAUAGGAACUGCAAUUUGAGUCCUAAGUCAAUGGAUACUGUAAUGGCAUUGAAUAGAAAACUACAACAAUAAAUAAAAAAAAUCCUACUUCCUGAAUGGAUUUUUCUCAGGUUUUCGCCAUGCCAUCGCCUAGAAGCGUGAUCGAGGAUUUCUAUUGUCUUCAUGCUGUACAGUCUUUGGUAAUGUCAUCUUUUUGUAGGCACGAACACCGCCAUGGUUCGUUUGGACAGAAGUCUAUGGGGAAAUGAAUGGAGAUUUUUGUAGCGUUUUUGGAUAAACGGCAAAAGUUAGGUCUGUGGUAAACGCAGGCUUAUGAGUUCUUAUACGUUUUGUUCAAUGAGAGAGUCUUCAUCAGGUAACAACUUUUUGUGAAAUUUGAAGCAUUUAUCAGAAAAAUCACAAAGGCUUCAUAGUUCAUGAAGGCCAGGUUAACCAACGACUAUAAUGUCAUAGAACAAAACCUAUAAGAUCUCCUAAGCCUGUGUUAACCUCAGACCUUUUUUUCUGUGUUCAUUCCAAAACCCUAUUCUUUCCCCAUAGGAAUGGCUGAACGAACAGAGCUUUGCACAAUUAUGAAUCUUGUAACAGGGGAGGCUAUUAGGAAAAUCUGCCAACUAUUCCUAGUGACCUCCUCAAGUUUACAUAAUGAGAACGAUAAACUGAAGACCAAGGUGGAGCAGAUGGAUGAAGUUCUGAAAACCAAGGUGGAGCAGAUGAAUGAAGAUAUGAAGGCAUUGACUGAGAAGGCUGAACAUUAUAGAGCAUCACUGGCUAAAAUGCAGACACAAGCAGAACCGAAAGGACCCACGCAUAUUCUGCUUAAUGGAAUGAUUUUUGCAAUUCCACCAGUUGGUCUCCCAAUAUUGUCUGGAAUGACAGCGGCUUCAACAUUGCCAGGGAAUGUCAGUCAAGCAAACCCAGUCACUAACGCCAUGUCAGUCUCUGCAGGUCCUGCAAAGGUUUGCAGUAAACCCACAGAGAUGUCUUCAUUGGAGAAUGACUCCUCUCUGGGAGACACAGAUGGACUGAAUACAGACCCCUCACCAAGAGACACUGAAUCCAACGUUGAGCAUAUAAGAGCUGCUCUGCCAGGGAGCAACGAGAGAGACGGCCAUGAAAGCCAGAAAAACAGCAAUACUACUAAAAGGAUGCGAUCCAAAGAAACCAAAUGCCUCAAGUGUGAUGUUUGUGAGAAGACCUUUAGCCGGAAGAACCUACUGGUACAACACAAGCUAACUCACACAAGACCCUUCAAGUGUGAUGUUUGUGAAAAGACCUUCAGUAGGAAGGGGUCACUGGAAGCUCACAAGCUAAUUCACACACUGGUACAUCAGAUGCUAAUUCACACAGAAGAGAGGCCAUUCACUUGUGGUCAAUGUGGCAAAACAUUCAGAAUGUCCAAGCAGCUCGAACAUCACAUGUUGCGUCACAGAGAAAAAACAUUCAGUUGCAAAGUUUGUGGAAAUGUUUUGUCUACCAAGAAAGAUCUGAAACGACAUCAGCUUGUUCAUGCAGUGGAGAGACCGUUCAAGUGCCUGACUUGUGACAAGGGUUUCACGUCAAGGAAACUGCUUAUUGAGCACGAGAGAAUCCACACCGGUGAAAAACCAUACACCUGUGCUGUGUGUGGAAAGAGUUACAGACAGCAUGGUGGCCUAAAUAUUCAUAUGCGACGACAUACAGGUGUACGUCCGCAUUCAUGUUCAGAGUGUGGUAAGGGUUUUAUGACAAGCAGCAGCCUCAAAAACCACAUGGUUGUUCAUACAGGGGAGAAGGCAUUUACAUGUGAGACAUGUGGAGCUGCUUUCGGCCAUAAGGGAAACCUUGUGAGACACCAAGUUCUUCACACAGGGGAGAGACCUUACAAAUGUGAAGUGUGUGGGAAAAGCUACCUUCAGUCCACCGACCUAAAAGCUCACAUGCACCGUCAUGGGGCAACCAAACCAUUUAUGUGUGACCUAUGUGGGAAGACUUUUAUGUACAAUUUUCAAAUGAGACGACACCAUCUAAAAUGGCACACAGCUGAAGGAGAGAAGCAGAGGGAACGACAGAGAAGAGAGAGAACGAGAAUCGCCAGGAGACCGGGAACCUCAACAAAGCCAUUCAGUUGUGACAUAUGUUUGAACGGCUUCAGCUCCAUGCUAACUCUGAAAAACCAUCAAAGAAGUCACACUGGACAAAAGCAAUACUCUUGUUCCAUUUGCGGAAAGACCUUUGCCUAUAAAAAUACUUUGGAUUAUCACAUGAGACUUCACAGUGGGGUGAAGCCCUACGCUUGUAAAUACUGUGAGAAGAAAUUUGUUCUUAAGCAAGCUCUAGAAGGACAUGAGCGAACCCAUACUGGUGAAAAGCCCUUCAAAUGCAGUUAUUGUGACAAGACUUUCUCAGUCAACACCAAUCUCAAAAGGCAUGAGCGAGUCCACACGGGAGAGAAGCCGUUCAUUUGUGACGUCUGCGGGAGAGGUUUCAGCCAAGCCAACAACGUCAAAGCCCACAUGCAAGUCCACACUGGAGUUAGGCCUUAUUAUUGCAAGAGAUGUGGAAAGGGCUUUUCUGACAUAAGACACUACAAAAACCAUAGCUGUAAUGGUGUGGCAGCAACACAUGAUCGGUCUCGUAAAUCUUCAGACCGCUCUUUCAGAAAUAAGAAAGGAGGUGAAGACAGCAGUGCUUGUCAUAAUGCUGCUGUGAUGUCGACUCAGUGAUAUAAUCUCUAUCAUUCACAGUGGGGCAACUUCCUGCUUUCAGACAUCAGGAACAACAUGUAUGUUUUCAGUAGGGUGAUAAGUUAUCGGGUGAGUUUCUGGAAAACCUUGUAGAAAAUUAGAAAACGUUCUUUAGGAAAUGAGAUGAGUGCCUGCUGUAAUGCUUGGAGAUCUUGCUGUUAGUCUUAGGGUCAUUGUUCAUUAGCCCACAUUCUCAUGGACGUGUUUAUUUCUGACUGCUGAAUCAUUUACAAUGGUUUUUUUUUCUUCUAUUGUGUAAAUCAUUAAACACCUAAUUCAUGUGUAAA